GGGGCGCGCGCGCGCAGGCGCGAAGGCAGUGCGGAGCGACGAUGGCGUCCGGGUGCCGUGUGGGUCCGUCCAUCCUGAACAGCGACCUGUCCGCGCUGGGCGCCGAGUGCGGGCGGCUGCUGGAGUGCGGCGCCGACUACCUGCACCUGGAUGUGAUGGACGGGCACUUCGUGCCGAACAUCACCUUCGGGCACCCCGUGGUGGAGAGCCUGCGCCGGCGGCUGGGACAGGAGCCCUUCUUCGACCUGCACAUGAUGGUGGCCAACCCCGAGCGCUGGGUGAAGCCCAUGGCCGUCGCUGGAGCCAACCAGUACACCUUCCAUCUGGAGGCCACCGACAACCCCGGCGCGCUCAUCAAAGACAUCCGGGAGAACGGCAUGAAGGUUGGCUUGGCCAUCAAGCCCGGCACUACGGUUGAACACUUGGCACCUUGGGCCAAUCAGAUAGACAUGGCUUUGGUGAUGACGGUAGAACCUGGAUUCGGAGGGCAGAAAUUUAUGGAAGACAUGAUGCCAAAGGUGCAGUGGCUGAGGACACAGUUUCCCUCGCUGGAUAUUGAAGUGGAUGGAGGAGUUGGGCCCGACACCAUCCACAAGUGCGCAGAGGCAGGUGCCAAUAUGAUCGUGUCCGGCAGCGCUAUUAUGAGGAGCGCAGAUCCGAGAUCUGUGAUCAACCUCCUGAGGAACGUGUGUUCAGAAGCAGCUCAGAAGCGCUGUCUGGAUCGAUGAGACCUACGCGAGUGGUGUUCCCAGAGGCUCCGUGCCUGCAGAACCCUCGUUUCUCAUGCGUAAGGGAGGGCUGGAUGAAUGCUAAUCGCAGAAACUUGUUGCUGCUGAACAGGGGAAUCAUUCCUUCGCUGCGGUGAAGCAGGCAGCAGCGGAAAACAUUUCAGGGGUGGAAAUGCAAUGGUUUGAACCUGUCUCUUGAUUCUGUGGAUGCUGAUUUUAUGGCACGCUGACUGGAUUGAACUAAACUUCAGUCAGCUUCCGCUUGCUAGAGGAGCAUAGUAUCGCCCCCGCGAUCUCUCUUGUGGAAGACUCUAAUCAAACUGCCUUCUGCUCUCUGUAUUUUGUCAUUUGAUCUGUGCAUUCCUACAAAACUUUGCCAGUAUCCGCAUUAAAGACCCUUCCCCU